UAGCCAUUUGAGUGACACAGAUUCCAUGGGACACCGGAACGGUAUGGUUUACCUCCCCUGGCACUUGUUAAAGAAGCCAGAUCGGGGCAUAUCCGACCCCGCAUAUGGGCGGGGGCUCUCACUCAGCCAUUCCGGUUAUUCCAGUGCGCCUCUCGGGGAAAGACCAGUGCAUGUUUGGGGCCGUGGCUACGAGCGGAGCCAGCGGAGUGGAAACACGACCCAAACAUUAGCGUGAUCCCGUCCGACAAGUUUUCGAUAACUACGUAAAGAUUGCGGUAAGAUCUCGCCAUUCUGAAAUGUCGUAUUUGUGUCAGGGGAUUUAUGUAAAUCAAUGAAUCUUGUACAGGACGAGGUUAAAUCGUUCACGAAUUGCCCGGGACAACCGCGGAUAUAUAUAUUUGACUCAAGACCUGAGGUUAUGAUCUAUAUCGGUGACAAAUGCGAUAUGGCCGCGAACAUCAUAAGUUCAACAAGCAUGGUGUUUGUCGUUGGCUAACAAUACCAAGGACGACGUGCCUGCGUUGUGUUGGCAACACAAGUCGUACCCAGUCGGAAUGCCAGGAUUCUGAAGGAUGGGGAAUAAGGACUCAAGACCCGUGUCGGUGCCCGUACACCGGCGGCAGAGGGCUAAGCCGCCGCCUCAGCCUGCUGUGCGCCAGAGCACCCCGAGGAGCAGCCCCGGGAAGACUCGGCUCACCCCGCCGCCGAAACCGCCCAGGGCACCCCGCCCGCCGCCGCCGGAGAGCCACGGCCACCACAGCCGCUCGCUACCACUGCCCAAGAGACGGGGACGGCACCACGGCAAGAACCAGAAAAACGGCCACGUUCCCAACGGAGCCGGGCGCAUCGGACAGACAGGAAAUCUGAGCCGUUCCAUGUCAAACUUUGAGGUGAGCGGAGCCAUGUCGCUGCCGAGGACCGUGAGCGACACGGCCCUGCUAGGCACACCGCCCACCGCCGACAUGGGGACCAUCCUCCGCACGGAGAUGACCAUGGCUUUCCUCAGCAGGGGGAAGAGAGAGCUGGAGCUCGGCGGGAGGGCGAUGCGCAUCCUCCCGGACGCUCUGCUCUCCCUCUGGGACCUCCAAGUCCUCGACAUCAGCAAGAACAAACUCCGACAACUCCCCAACAAGUUCCGACGUCUCCGGAGCUUGGAGACCCUGACUCUCAACAGCAACGAAUUCAAGACAUUUCCUGACCAGAUUACCGACCUCGUUAAUCUGAUAAGCCUUGACAUGGGAUACAACGAGCUCAGAACGGUCCCCAAAGGAAUUUCAAGACUAGCCCGUCUUGUGAACUUGAUCCUGAACAACAACAACUUCGCGGAGCUUCCGGAGGAGGUGUUGUAUCUGAUUACGUUGGAAAACUUGAACUUGAGCUACAACGUGCUUGACGAGAUACCGGAGAAGAUCUACAGGCUACGGCGGCUUCGGGGCCUGGAGCUGAACAACAACAACCUGACACGCUUCCCCCUGGGCGUUCUGGAACUGUUCAAUCUAGAGGUGUUGAACCUGAGUUUCAACAAGAUCGGGGUGGUGCCAGAGGAUAUUUCCCGCCUGGGCAACCUGAGCAAGUUGGGGUUGGCGAACGCCGGGCUCACCCAGCUUCCCGACAACAUCUGCCGGCUCACGCUCAUGGUCGAGCUCGACCUCUCAGACAACCGUCUGUCGGAGCUUCCCGCGGAAUUUUCCCGCCUUAAACUUCUGAGGAAACUGGAGCUGCAGUGGAACGUCUUUGAAGACUUUCCCGAACAAAUCUUACAGCUCAGAGGGCUGGAAAUCCUCUCGUUGCACAACAAUCGUCUGAAAUUUCUCCCGCCAGGAAUUGUCGGCCUGCAGCGGUUGAAGAAGCUGUGGAUCAGCAGCAACCGUCUGACGACAGUUCCCUCAGGAGUGUGCGAGCUGCCCGAUCUCGCCAGCCUCCAUCUCUAUGACAACCAGCUCAUCUCGUUCCCACCUGGGUUCGAGAACGUGUCCAAUCUGCCCGAUCUGCAGAUCUAUCCACAGAGAAGCAUCAUAUUUGGAUAAGAAAACCAAGCUACGCUGUUGCAACAUAAGAAAAGGGCGUCCGCAUGUGAAUACAAAGGCAAUAUCUGUAGUAUUUUUUAUCGCGCUGGUGCGAAUAAAAGGAACCAGAGGAACUAUCUUGAAAGCAUGAUUUUUUACAACCAAAGUUUAGUGCAUGUUGAAGGAUUUAACAAACGAAUAAUGUCAUUAAAAGUAACGGUAUCUUCAUAUUCUACGGCACUGGAUUUUGAAAAGUACAUGUAGUACUAGUAAAGAAUGAAAAGAAGACUUUGAAGAACUCGCAUCGAGUCCCAGUGGCAUACAUUCUAUGUUGUCCGGCUGUUGUAUAUAGUGUUACAUUCCUUGAAAUAUCGCCAAAGAUUGUGCUUCUUUUUCUAUACAUUGCAAUACUAGCGUGAUGUGCUUUGAA